AUGCGCUCUACUCACCCCUGCCUCUUUCCAUUCACGUACAACUUACCCCCUCGUCCCCCCUCUCCCCCGCCCCCCCCCCCCCCCCCCUCCCCCCCUCCCUCCUCUCUCCCACCCCCCCUCUUCACCCCCUGCUCGCCUCGCCCUCCCCCCACGCGCCCAUGCUGCUGCUGCAGGCGCGCGGCGUGCUCUGCAUUUCCGCUCACGCGGGCAGGGAGUGUGGGCUUCCUUUUGACUGCUCACGUGGCGGCCGUGUGGCGUGGGCCCAUGGUGAUGGCGGCUGUGGAGAAGCUUGUAAGGGGGACGGAGUCGGGGCGGCUGGACGUGUUGGUGGUGGACAUGCCGCCCGGCACGGGGGAUGUGUCCCCUGUUCUCCAGCCAUCCAUCCGCAGUCGCUCCGACAACGGCCGCCGUGCUGCUCUCGGCGCUCCUGCUGCUGCUGCUGCAAGCGGGAGAGAAGAUUGGGCAAUAGACAGUGGGGCCUCGGAUGGUGGGAAUAUUGAAGACGCGGCAGCAGUAGACGGCGUGGCGAACGUCCUCUUCCCCCUCCCCUCUCCGACCGACUCCCUUGACCGCGUCCUGAGUGGUAGAGAAGGCCCUGCCUCCACCCGCACCCCGCCCCCUCUCACCCCCCUGCUCACCUGCAUCACUCCUUCCGUGACCUCUCCCCUUGCAACAUGCCACUGUGCCCUGUUUCCUCUCCCCUCCCCUCUUCUCCCUCGCGCCGCUCCUCAGAUCACCCCAGGCGGCGUGGUGUCCUGUGUGUGCCACGGAUUGCCAGCAAUGGAAGGACUUCACAGCUGGCAGGCUGAGCUGGCAUGCCACGUGGCAGGCACCCACUGGAGCAGGCGAGGAGGGGCGGAGGGGAGAGCGAGCAGCAACAGAAACAGCUUUAUUCCGAGAAGCAGCAUGAGGGAUGCGUGUGAUGCCCGCAGAGACAGUGAAGGCAGCAGUGGGAGGGCAGUGUGGUGGGCCGGGCAUGGCAGGAUGGCAGCAAGGGUGCACUACAAGGUGGUCACACAGGACAUUCUGCUCGCCCUCGCUGCUUACACCCGCUCCUCCCGAUCUCAGCUCCUCCUCAUCUCAGCUCCUCCCCAUCUCAGCUCCUCCUCAUCUCAGCUCCUCCCCAUCUCAGCUCCUCCCGAUCUCAGCUCCUCCUCAUCUCAGCUCCUCCCCAUCUCAGCUCCUCCUCAUCUCAGCUCCUCCCCAUCUCAGCUCCUCCUCAUCUCAGCUCCUCCUCAUCUCAGCUCCUCCCCAUCUCAGCUCCUCCUCAUCUGCCCACCAUCACCCUCCCAUUUGCACCGACCCAGCCGAGCAGCACCAUCUUGGUAUGGGAGCAUCAAGGGGAAGAAGAUAGCCAUCUUGAUAUCUCUUCUUCCCCUUCAUGAUCCUUUUAUUCUUUUCCGUUCACAUUCUCAUUCUCCCACUCUCUCCCUGUAA